AUGUUCGUGCAGAUCCUUUCACUGGCAAUAGCUUAUGGCGUCUGCGGACAGGGUGAAUUUAUUUGAAAAUUCUAUUCCCAAAACCUACAGUUUUGCUUUCUGUCAUAUUUUUAAUACAAAGUUGAAUGGAAAAAUUUUGCACGCCAAAAGUUGCACUUUGCCGUUUCCUUUACAGAGGACACGACCACCUUGGAAUUUAAACAGAACAGCGAUUAUGUUUAUACGAAAAGCCUCUAUGGGGGCGUUGAGGUAAUCGUUGCCUGCUGUGCGAUGCGAUGAGUUUCCCCUUUCAUUGAGGUAACAAAAUCUUUCCUUCACAUAGUACAUGACCGUUGACGACGUGCGCAUUUCAGAGGCUACAAAUGGCUCGCACUGUAUCGGGCCGAAUGACUGCUGGGAAAUUAUCCGACGUAAGAUAUUCAUUUGGAAUUUCGUUCCUUAAAAACCCAUUUAGUUAAGACAAAGACGUCGCACACUUAACAGUAGUCAGGUACACAAGCAGUUCGUUUUUCUGAUAGAUGCAUGCAAAUAGGUUUUUUAUCAGACGUGAAAUUCUCAGGGGCCUUUGAGCGCUUGUUGCAUGCGCACUUAUGUGGAAGAUAGUACUGGCAACAAUGGAGAAAGAAGAAAUAAGUUGACUUGUAAAUAAAUAUUUACUAGCGUAAAAACUGUUUAUUCUCCCUGAAAACUCGAAUUUCAGAAAAUGUCUUUAUUAGAAAUCGCCUCAAAUGAAUUCAAUGAACACAGAUAUCUAGACCAAACCUAUAACAUACUUCACACUCACAUUUACGCCACAACACUUCACGAGUUAGAACACCUGCAAGUGGGGUCAUAGCAACAAAUAAAAGGGAGACCCGAAUGACCGUUUCUGUCGUAUUGGCCGUCAUCAGCCAGUUAUACCCAACGUCAAGUGUGGAUCAUUGGAGAUUCGAACCUGGGAUCUUUGGUCAUGGAGUUUGACAUUCCACCAUUGAGCCACGGACACUUUGUCCUGUCGGUUGUAAUGGCGCAUAUAAUUUAUGGCAGUUGGGAGCUUCGCCGAACGUUUUACGAAAUGUGCUCGUUCCCAUGUGCCUUAGUGCUCAAACUGGGACCCCCGAACGCAGUCGCUCAGCGAAUGGUACUAUGUGUGCUAGUAGGAUGAUGCCGACAAAGACGAAUGUUUAAUAACGGUGACCGUUUCUAAUGAUGAGAUUUAUUGAGACCGCGCAAUGAUCAUUCAUAUACCAUCCUACCUGUCCGUUUACAACAGCUGCUCUUAAAAUGUACAACGUAGUCCGCAUUCAUUGCAAAAUGUUAUGGACUCCCUAUAUUAUCUUUUUGAAAGCACAGAAGAAUGUGUGAUUUUCUUUACACGGAACGCAUAAACCUUGUGAACUGAAAUCAUUAUGCGCUCAUAAAACGACUAAUCAGGCUCCAAAUCAUUCGACAAUGAUAAAACUUUUCUAAAACCUAAUUAUACUCACUGUUUGAGCAUAAAAUAUAAAGAGGAAGUAAUCCGCUAUCAAGAAACUAAGAUGCAGCCUUUUUUGCUCAUGCUUUGAAUAAAAUAUUAUUGAAUUUGCAAGAUCAUCGAAAACAACUAAGAGAAAUGUAUAUUACAUCAUUAGUCAUUUUUUUUACUAUGCUCGGUUGUUGCAGAAGAUUGGGAAGCAGAAUAAUCAAAAGCUUACAUCCCGCUGAGUCCAACAUAUUAUGUCAUUAUGCAGAAGGAUAAUCAGCAUUUUAACCGCGCUUAAAAAAAUCGAAAACGCAUUUCAGGCUUUCAGACAACAUUUCAUGUAAUCUAUCACUCAAUGAAUGUGCGAGUGAGGUGAUACUGACAAAGGCAAAUACUUAAUAAUGGUGAGACAAUUUCCAGUCUAAUAUGUCUUCCGCUCUUUAACAAUGAUGUCCCAGAUAUUCAAAGAAAAAUGCAUUGUACUAGGGAAAACAGACGCAAUUAUAAUUAUGGAUUAUUUACCUCAUAUUUACGGCAAAAGUAUGCUGGUAAGUGUUAAAAUGAGGUAGCCAGGAUUAGAUUUACAUAGACUUUAGUGUGUUUCACACUCAUCUCUGUCCCUAAUUUACAAAUAAAUCUUUCCUUCAAAAGCCAGACAGUACAUGAUCGUUAAUGGUUUCCUGGAGGAAUAUCGGGCAGCAUUCGUGUUGGAGCCGAAGGAUCCUGUUGGCAGAUGCUCUGUUGGAGUACAGUACAAAAGUGCCGGCAUAUCGGAGUGUAAGUCAAAGUAACCGUUUCAGUCAAUUUACAUUAACAUUGUGUCAUAAAUGUGUUUAUGUCCCUUAAUCUUCGUGGCAGGCAUUAGUGAAGUCACUUACUUAACUCAUAAAAACAAAAAGAGUACAAUAGGCAGAAAUAUGCAUCCUAACGGUGAUUAUGUGUGUUGCCUAUCGAUCUGCUGGAAUGUAUUUUGAGUUAAGGCAAAAAAUCCGCUGGCCUCUUGUAGUUUAAGCAGCUUUAGAAAUUGCGUUUCAAAAAUACCGCAUUUAAUGAUUUCUCCUUUAGAUAUACCGCUGCCUUCUGGAGUAGUAUCUAUCUUCUCGAACGAAAUCCUCAAAAAUGAAAGACUCAUUCAUAUUCUGCUGUUCAAUGGAAAACUUUCGGUAAUCAUCGGAAACUAAUUUUAUAAUUCCAACUACGAGGUCAACAUUGUGCUUCUAAGGGCCUUACAUGAGAACCGUUAGCGUGUAGGGAAAAGCAUGGCAUUAUUAAUUUGAAUUAGUCUGAGGAACCUAUUAAAUUGACGCACUAGCAUGCGCCAUUUUAUAUAUUAUUUGGAACUGAACAAAAAGCAUCAUUAAUAAAAAGAUUAUCUGUACCUUUAUUUCUUCCAUGUUAAGUAGAUGCAAUUGGUUUUGUUCAGUCAAACUGAUUUUGGUUUAUUUUUGAAGUGAUUUUGGCAUUAAUCUAUUUGAAUGUCCCCAGCAGUAAGCUUCUAGGCGAGUAGAAUAACGACUCCGGCACCAUUUCAUGUUCGUAACCUUUCAGACCAUAUACCGCGCGGGGGACAUUUCGGUAGACAAAAGAAACGACAGUAUUUUAUCAGUUCUCGGGUUGUUCGGUAAGUGCAUUAUUCGGUGUUGCCAAAGAUUUCAUUAAGGUCAUGUCAAUGGAAAUGAUUCUUGCAAAACACUUUGGAAAACAGUUUUCCACAUAAAACAGUUUUUACAUGCAUGUGUACUUUCAGUGGAGAGAAAGGAACUUGUACUAUUUACGGGACAUUUGGGAACCGAAACGCGACAAAUGGAGAUAAAGUUUAUAACUGGCAGGAUUACUCGUGUCACCAUAAAUCCUUCCAAUGAAAAGGAGGCCACGGCUCCAGUGUCAACAUUCAUCGACUUCAUGCAUGCAUUUAAGUUCACGUAG